AUGCGCAUGCUCUUCCUCGUGCUCGUCGCGCGCUCGGGAGCCGGAGUGGCGGGGUCGGAGCUGCUGCAACGGCGCGAGUGGCCGCGAGGGGUCGUGCUGGGGCUCGCCAGAGAACGAGGCCACGGCGCGGCGCUCGCGGCGGCGCACGGGGCAGCUUUGAGCAGUGCAGCGCCUCAACAUCAGCUUCAAGCAGUGCAGCGCAACGCCAGUGGCCUCUCUGGAGCUGUGCGGCGGCUGGCGGGCCUGUGCGACGACGCCGAUCCGUGGGCUCGGGACGCGCAGUCGGUCGGCUCGCGUGCCGGUUGCCGAGUCAGCCUGGCUGGCGAGAAGCGCCAAGGCCUUCCCUGCAUUCUGGGCGCUGCCCAGAAGUGCGCAGUGCCUUUGCUGCGCCGACGGGCGGCCUCGAUGCGGAUUGCCGCGAGUGGCGUGGGAGCCUCCAGUGGCACGAACCGGUGGAGCUGGGAGAGGCUAGCGAAGACGAAAGGCGGCAGCGGAGGAAGCGACAUCAACAACGAGGGAAACGACCACACCGGCCGUCGUAUGACGCUCGGCAAGCGAGCAAGAGAGCGAAUCGGGGAGAACCGGAGCCCCGGGAGGACCGAAGGUGGAGCCCCGGGACCGAGGACUAAGCAAGUGUCUGUUUGGGCGUGGUGUCCAGUGUAA